CCAGAUGCAGCGAUAAGGACGACCCUUUAAAUCCAGUAAAAGUCCAGUGAACGAUAGAGCGCAGUUUCCCAUAAUAAACCUGCUGUCAUCUCCAGACGCGCCGCUGUAAGCGACAGUGACUCAGUUCAUCUUCGGCACCUAAAUGCGCGCUAAUCGUCCCACGUCUGAUCCCGCUGAAGUUUGAUCGAGGCGAAACCAACCUGUUUCAGUCGGCACAACGUGCAUGUCCGACCUGCCAUCAUACAUCGACAGCCCGUCCCUGAAGACAUCGGCUGUAUCCAUAUGUUGUCCUGGCUUCCAUUGAUCUCCAGAUGAGGAACAGACCCGUUUCUCUCGGCUGUCGACAGCAACUUCAUCCUGGCUAACGCACAGGUGUUGAAGGGCUUUCCCAUUGUCUACUGCUCCGAUGGCUUCUGCGAGCUUACGGGCUUCUCCCGGGCCGAGGUCAUGCAGAAGAGCUGUGCCUGUAAGUUCCUGUACGGGCCAGAGAGCAGCGAAAGCAUCAUCCUCAGCAUCGACGACUCCCUGGAGGAGCGAAAAGAGUUUAAAGAUGAGAUCAUGUUCUACAAAAAGACAGCUGUGCUGUUCUGGUGCCUGCUGGACAUUGUGCCAAUUAAGAAUGAGAAGGGAGACGUGGUGCUCUUUCUGGCUUCAUUUAAGGACAUCACUGACACUAAAGUCAAAGCCAUCCACGAGGACAAGAAGGAAGAGCGACGGCGCGGCAGGGUGAAAACAGGUUCUCACUUCAGCUCGGCUCGUCUGCGGAGUAGUACGGUGCUCUACCACAUCUCUGGUCACCUCCACAGCAGAGAGAAGAGCAAGAUCAAACUCAACAAGAAUGUGUUUGGGGAUCCGCCUGCUCUGCCAGAGUACAAGGUAGCAGAUGCCAAGAAAUCGAAAUUCAUCUUACUCCACUACAGCACGUUCAAAGCUGGUUGGGAUUGGCUGAUUCUACUCGCCACCUUCUACGUGGCUGUGACGGUGCCCUACAAUGUGUGCUUCAUCGGCGAUGAUGACGACCUGACCCGCAGCACAACUGUCAGUGACAUCGCAGUGGAGAUACUGUUCAUCAUAGACAUUGUUUGUAAUUUUCGCACCAGUUAUGUCAGCAAAUCGGGCCAGGUGAUCUUUGACGCUCGGCAGAUCUGCAUCCAUUACCUGACCACAUGGUUCGUCAUCGACCUGGUGGCCGCGUUGCCCUUUGACCUGCUCUAUGCCUUCAAAGUCAGCGUGGUGUCAGUGGUCCACCUGUUAAAAACAGUCCGUCUGCUCCGUUUGCUGCGGCUGCUCCAGAAGAUGGACCGCUACUCGCAGCACAGCACAGUGGUCCUGACGCUGCUGAUGUCCAUGUUCGCCCUGCUGGCCCACUGGAUGGCCUGCAUCUGGUACAUUAUCGGCAAGAUGGAGAUAGAGGCCAACGCCUACAACUGGGAUAUCGGAUGGCUCCAUGAGCUGGGGAAGCGCCUGGAGUCGCCGUACUAUGCCAUAGGAGCCGUGAACGGGACCGGCAGCGGCCCCGCCAUCCGCAGCGUCUACAUCGCCUCCCUCUACUUCACCCUCAGCAGUCUGACCAGCGUGGGCUUCGGCAACGUGUCGGCCAACACUGACAUCGAAAAGAUCUUCUCUAUUUGCGUCAUGCUCAUAGGAGCACUGAUGCACGCAUUGGUCUUUGGUAAUGUGACAGCCAUUAUCCAGAGGAUGUACUCACGGUGGUCCCAGUACCACACCAGAACCAAAGACCUCAAGGACUUUAUACGUGUCCAUCACCUGCCGCAGAGCGUCAAGCAGCGAAUGUUGGAGUAUUUUCAGACCACCUGGUCGGUCAACAACGGCAUCGACUGUAAUGAGCUGCUGAAGGACUUCCCGGACGAGCUGCGAUCCGACAUCACCAUGCACCUUAACAAGGAGAUCCUGGAGCUGUCGCUGUUUGCCUCUGCCAGUCGCGGCUGCCUGCGCUCCCUCUCGCUGCACAUCAAGACGUCCUUCUGCGCUCCCGGAGAGUACCUCCUCCGACAGGGCGACGCACUCCAGGCCAUCUUCUUUGUCUGCUCCGGAUCCAUGGAGGUUCUGAAAGACGGCAUGGUGCUGGCCAUCCUGGGUAAAGGCGAUCUGAUCGGGGCGAACCUGUCCUUAGAUGACCGAGUGAUAAAAACCAACGCGGACGUGAAAGCCCUGACCUACUGUGACCUGCAGUGUGUUAACCUCAGGGGGCUGUACGAGGUGUUGGAUCUUUACCCUGAAUACUCGCAGCGCUUUGUCCAGGACAUCCAACAGGACCUCACAUACAAUCUGAGGGAGGGACAUGAGACCCAUAUUAAGGCCCGACUCUCUACAGCAGCUCUGGAUACUCAGUCUGGGGUGAGAAGGAAUGGAGGAGUGGUUCAGGGCUAUCCACGCAUCAUAGAGGUACAGGAGGACAAUGAGGAAGAUGAGGAGGAGGGGGAGGAGGAGGAUGAGGAGGAGGAGGAGGAAGAUGAGGCCAUGUCUGUGUCUGUGUCAUCUGAGAGGAAACAGGCGGUGAACCUCGGGGACACGGGUGGGAAGUCUCAGCUGAGCCGAUCCAGCCAGAAGACCUCGGUACAGAGUUCCAGGAGGUCUCGGAGGAAGAUCCAGGAAAUUACUCUGACCACUUUAGACCCGUCCAACCUCAGCCCCAGGAUAGUGGACGGUACUGACGACAGUGAGGGGACGGAGGGUUCCCUAGCUUUCCCCUUCUCUACCAGCCGAGGUUGUCCUGUCAAUGAACCAACCAGUGCCUCAGCGUCCGCUACAGAUAUACUGCAGAUCAGCACAGCAGAGUUAGCAGCUAAAGCCGAAGAGACCAGAGGACAACUGCGACACCUCGACCAGCAGGUGAGUAACCUCGGGAGGGAAGUGGCCGACCUUGGACAAGUCAUGAGGAGAAUGGCCCAACUCAUGGAGACCCUCAUGUCGUCAACGCCGCAACCUACAGUAGUCUGCCCAACGCACUACUCCCCAGCACACCUCACAUACCUGCCCCAUCCUACCCCUCCUAUGUCUUACCCUUCACCAUGCUCCUCUCAGACUGCCUCCAUUUGGACGGACAUGCCCAUCUCAUUGCCCUCCUCUCCCCUCACUAUCCCUCAGCAACAUGGUGUGAUAUGUCACACAGACUUCCUCACACAUAGAUCCCAGGACCUCCAGCUGGGGUACUCUGCAAUCCCCAGCUCAACUCCCCCUCCAACUCGCAACUUAUCUGCACUUCAACUACAGCCCGUCAUCUCAGAACCUCACCUGCCUUCCUCGCCCCUCAGCUCACCAGAGAUUUCCCACUACAAAGACGGGGUCUCUGUCUCCAUCAGGUCUAGAGAACACAAUCCACCAUCACAGGACGGGGGAGAUGAGGGCCCUCAUCAGAGCUCUGGGUGCUCUCUGCAAACUGGACUUGGGGGCACCUACCACAACCCAACUAAGGGUUUGUAGCAGCACUCCAUCUGAACUUUCCUGGACUGUGCAGGACUCAAUCCAGGAUAUUUUUUGGGGGAUAUGUUCCUGAACUGAAGUUCAGGCUGAUCAUAUCAUAUUAUUGCAGGACGUUUGCAGGGAUUCAACUUUGAUUCCUUUUGUUUUAAAGGCACAUGUUUAAAAAUCUUGUUGCAUGAAAACAAGUACAGAAGGUUUAGGUGCGUUAGCUUUACCUUAUAGAAAUGUAGUGUUGUUAGAAAAGCUGCAGAGGUUUGGAUCAGUCGAGGAGAAGUAUCGUGGCAGCUCUCUGGGCACAGCUCACCCCCAACAACCCCCAAUUUGAGGUGGGAUUGUGCCAUAAUGGAAGACAAAACGGAUGCAGUGGAGGAGAGAGUUCUUUCAGUCCUCCCUUUUUUUUUUUGCUCCAUGCUGUUGAUGGUUUCAGGUCAGCAGGUCUGGUUGGAGGAGGAGAAAGCAUCGUAAGUGGGGAUGGGGUUUGUAGACAAGGAGGGGGAGGGAUAGGGUCUCUUAGAAUCCAUCCCCCAACCUCCUAUCUCUGGCCUUUCCUCUCCUUUUAAACCUUGCACACUCAACCCCCACAUGGUGCUCUGGAUUGUGUGUACCAGUGCGUGGCUUGUUGAGGCUGGUUGGACUGGGAGCACAGAAUGGAGUGAGAUGGGACGUAUUGUGCUCUUUACUGCUGGCCCUCAGGGGAAGAGGGUGGAGGAAGUUGGUUAUGGAGAUGUGGGGGGGGGGGGGUGGAGGGUAUGUUGUGCCUCGGGCAGCACAGCCCCUGCUGUCGUCUGUCACACUGAGCGCAGGGACUCGUUCUCUCUCUCUGCUUCUCUUUUCCAGUGUUUUUCUCCACACACCUACACUCUCUCUCCCUCCUUCUUUAUCUUUCUCUUGCUCUCUGCAUGCCUUUCCAAGCCUUUUGAGUGGUGCCUGUAGACACACAUUAACAUUCUGCAUGACACUCUGUGGAAAUCCAGCUUGCCAUUUAUCUAUCUAUUUAAAGGAACCACGGUUCAAUUGUUUAUUACCUGAACCUGGCAUUUACUGAUGCAUAUUUAUCGUAUGUUGGCUCAGUCCAACAACUGGGCAAUUUAGGGACAAUGUAGUCGCCCCUGUUGUGAAGUGGCCUGGAGCAAAGUGCCGAUACUAAUCCACGAUGGAGGCCAUAUCCCCGAUCGCCACCCAGGGUUACCGUCUCUGAGAUCUCAGAGCUGUUCAGAGCAAAGGCAAUACUCCCAUAUAAAAGCACAAUAAAGAAAUAAAGAGGCUUUUAUAUUUCUAUGAAUGUAUCAAUACUAAAGAUGUAUUUUUUUACCUGAAGUAAUGCAAGAGUGUGGGAUGGCAGUUAAUGAUGCUACUGUAUAUGAAGUUAUAGGAGUGCUGUUUGCUGGUACCAGCCAAUGCAAUCUUAAACCAGGAAAAAGAUCCGAACUCUUGUCCUGACAGAUCUACUGUACUCUUUUGACUUCAUGUUGGUUUGCGUCUGCUUCUCUGCAAAUGGAAUGUACUGUAAUAAAACGUCUUUUUUCCCAUAGCAUUUUGAUAUUAUUAGAUACAAAAAAACUGUUGUGCUAAUAAAUGACAAA